AUGGCUGCCCCUGCAAAUACCCCCCCUCCGUUCCGUGUCGAUCACGUUGGCUCCUUCAUCCGACCCAAGGCCCUCUUCGACCAGCGCACCCUCUUCGAGCAGAACGAAUGUACCCAGGAAGAUUUGAAGCCUUUUGAAGACGCUGCGAUUGCACACGUUGUCCAAGUUCAGCGUGAGCUUGGCCUUGCAACGAUCACUGACGGUGAACUUCGGAGACACAUAUUCUACGAGGGAAUAUUCAAUCAGCUAGGAGGAAUCAAGAACUACUGGCCACAUAUCCGAAGCUUUGGGGACAUGGGAUUUGAGGAGUUCCCCUCUUGCUUUUGCAUGGACAAAAUAGAGCGAAUCCGACCUAUUUUUACAGAGGAUUUCGCGGCUUUGAAGCAACUCGUCCGUCCCGAGGACGUCAACCGUCUCAAAGUUAACUUCUGUCCUCCGAAUUGGUUUCACCACUUCCAUGGCCCAGACUUGACCUAUGAUAAAUCGGUCUACGCUAACGAUAUUGAGUACUUCAAAGACGUCGGGGCCGCAUACCGCGCCGAGAUCAAGGAGCUUUAUGAACUCGGGUGCCGCAACAUCCAAAUUGAUGAACCCACUUUUCCUUUCUUCUGUGUAGAUGAAAUUCUCGACGACAUGCGCAAACAAGGUGUAGACGGGGAAAGGCUCAUGGACUCGUACAUUUUUGCGAUCAACUUAUGCACACAAGACCGCCCCAAGGAUUUGAAUAUAGCGUUGCAUGUCUGUCGCGGAAACUUUCGAGGCGUUGGCUUUGCUCAUACAAGCUAUGAGCGCAUUGCUCAAAAGCUCUUUCAAAUGGUGGACGUUUCUACGUAUAUGAUUUUGGAAUUUGACGACGAACGUUCCGGAGAUUUUACCCCCUUGCGAUUUAUUCCGCCCAACAAACGUGUCGUCCUUGGGAUUGUGACAACCAAGAGUCCCAAACUUGAAGACCCCAAAAUCCUGAAGCAGCGAGUUCACGAAGCCUCUGAGGUCUUGGCGGCAGGCAUUCCUCCACGAUCGAAAGAGUGGGCACUUAAUCAAAUUUUAAUCAGCCCACAAUGCGGAUUUGCCUCCGUUUGGCAUGGUAAUCCUGUCACUGAGGACGACAUCAGGGCCAAAAUACGACUUCUGCAUCAGGUGGCUGAUGAGGUUUGGGGUCGUUGA